AUGUCCAAACUACAGUUGUUUAAUGUGUUCGUCACCGAGCGUUUGUCGACAGCUGCUGUGGAGAUAUUCGUGGCCGCGGAGAAGACUAUAGCGGAGUAUCAGGAACAAAUCUGCCGUUCAGCAGAGGAGAUCGAGCGCCUACGGAGGCUGUUGGACAUGGUUUUCCAACCAGAGAUUAAGUUACAUGGAGCAGGAGUGGAGCCCCAGUCUGGGCAGGAGGACCCAGAACAAACACAGAUUAAAGAGGAACAACAGGAGCUCAGACUCAGUCAGGAGGACUCACCUCAGCCCUCAUAUCUGUACCAAAACCAAACUGUGGAUGACGGAGAGAGGGGUAUUCUACCUAUCAUCAUAACUGAAGAGAUCAAAACAGAAGCUGAUGGAGAGGGCUACAUAGUACCAGAACCAACCAGUGAUCAGCCCCUUUCAGUUCAUCCAGACUGCUCUGCUGCAGUGGAGAAACCAUAUCGGUGUCAACAAUGUGACAAAAGCUUCACACGUAAGGGACACUUGACCAUCCAUUCAAAAAUACACACAGGAGAGAAAUCUUAUCUGUGCAAACAAUGUGACAAAAGCUUCAUCCAGAAAGGCGACUUGGACAGACAUACAAGGGUACACACAGGAGAUAAUCCAUAUCAGUGCAAACAAUGUGGCAAAAUGUUUAACCAGAAAGGAAGCUUGACCAUCCAUUCAAGGAUACACACAGGGGAGAAACCUUAUCAGUGCAAAGACUGUGACAAAUCCUUCAAUCAGAAGAUGGAAUUGAUAUUGCAUAUGAGAGUUCACACAGGGGAGAGACCAUAUAAUUGUCCUGUAUGCAAGAAAAGUUACAUGGCAUUAAGCUAUUUAAGACUUCAUCAGCGUGUUCACACCGGGGAGAAACCUUACCAGUGCAAAGAAUGUGACAAAUGCUUUGGUUAUAAAGGAAGCUUGAAGUCUCAUAUGAGCACUCACACAAAAGCUUCAGCCUGAAGUGAGAACAACAAAUGAUUACUCACAUGUGAAUUUCUUGUUACAUCCAACUUGUAAAUAAUUUAUGUUCUAUUUUCUGGCAUUUGACAACAAAACAAAUGUAGUUAUGUGAGAGGAGUGAUAAAACAUCAGUCAGUAUCAGAUUUGUAAGCUCAUUUUAGCGCUCACUUUUUUUGGAUACCUACUGGCCAGGACAAUGAGGGAAUUUGACAAUGCUGGCCCGGCUGAAAAGUGAUUGCAUCCUUUUUGAAACCAGGCUGCCUCACGGGCAUGAGCCACUCCUCCCUCACCGCUUUUGCCUGGUCACAUGACAGGCCAUAGUCCGGUGCACCGCGGUUCAGCCUAAUCAAACUCCUGCACUGCUGGCUUCAGGAAGUCAUCACAACUGUGUCUAGCAGAGCACACACUUGGAUUCCUAAACAACAGGAGUUCAUAUUCAAUUGUUUAACAAUGACAUACAGGAUAUUUGGGCCACUAUCUUCUAUCUGUACUUCUGUCUGCAUGUUAGAAUAUUGUAGUAGCCUAUUAUGUCUUUGUUGACUAUAUAAUGCAGCAAAUAUUUUAUGUUUUAUGUUUUCAUUUUUUUGUGGGGGGGUAGAUCAGCUUUAAUAUUGCAGACAGAUUGUGGCUUUCAAUGUAAUUGCAUCAUUUCCAAUCCCCCAUAUAUGUUUUUGUGUGUGUGUGUUUAUAUAU